GUCAGCAGCCGUUUGUUGACUACCGGUAGCAACCAUGGCUGUCGGCAAGAACAAGCGCAUCAGCAAGGGGAAGAAGGGAGGCAAGAAGAAGGCCUCGGACCCCUUCGCCAAGAAGGACUGGUAUGACAUCAAGGCGCCCACCAUGUUCACUGUCCGCAACGUGGGCAAGACCCUGGUGACCAGGACGCAGGGUACCAAGAUUGCGUCGGAGGCGCUGAAGGGCCGUGUGUUCGAGGUCUCCCUGGCCGACCUGCAGAAGAACGAGGACGAUGCCUUCCGCAAGAUGCGCCUGCGCGUUGAGGACGUGCAGGGCCGCAACUGCCUCACCAACUUCUGGGGCAUGGACUUCACUACGGACAAGCUGCGCUCGCUGGUCCGCAAGUGGCAGACCCUGAUCGAGGCGCACGUGGACGUGAAGACCACGGACGGCUACACCCUGCGCGUCUUCUGCAUCUCGUUCACCAAGAAGCGCCAGGGCCAGAUCAAGCGCACCUGCUACGCCCAGAGCGCGCAGAUCCGCCAGAUCCGCAAGAAGAUGAUGGAGAUCAUCACCCGCGAGGCGACCAGCUGCGACCUGAAGGAGCUCGUGGCCAAGUUCAUCCCCGAGUCCAUCGGCAAGGACAUUGAGAAGUCGUGCCAGGGCAUCUACCCCCUGCAGAACACCUUCAUCCGCAAGGUGAAGGUGCUGAAGGCGCCCAAGUUCGACAUCACCAAGCUCAUGGAGGUGCACGGUGACUACAGCGAGGAGGUGGGCGCCAAGAUCGAGCGCCCCGCCGCCGCCGCCCCCGCCGUCGAGGAGGCCGCCACCGCCUAAAGCGGCAGCCGUCACGCUCCGCGGAGGAGGGAGAAUGCGCUGCGCUGUGGGAAGUCCGGACGCUGAGGAGAGGAGCAGCGAGUGCUGAGGAGCACGUGAGGCGAGAGGCAGCAGCCCGCCAGCGGUAGAAGAGAGCGGCGGUGGUGUUCGACCGGCGCCGGAGGCGAGAGCGGCCGGGGCCGGGGCUGGGCGGGGCUGCGGGUGCGCCGCGCCGCGCCCUGUACGCGUGUCGUGCGCCGGGUGCUGCGGCCUUGGGCGCGCUGGGUCGUGGUGCCGGCGGGCGAUCGCGGAGAGGGCGCGUGCCGCCGCCGCGGCAUGCAGUGUAACGGGAUAAAUUU